GAGACCGAGUGGUUGCCCCACCGCCUCUCGCUUCAUAUCGCCGCCUCGCUCCCCCCUACCCUCCCCUUCUCCAAAGUCUCCUACCCUAGUUAUUAUGCCGGAGGUCGCUCUAGUGCUCUCCCGUCGCAAGCUAGCCCUCGCCCCGUGGUUUCGUACAAACCUGCGCCGUGCCAAUCUCUCUCCCUCUCCCUUCUCGUCGAUGGGCCGCCGCUCGAUCUGACGGCUGGUAGGGAAGGAGGCGGCGAGAUCGAUUUAUCCGACCUUCCCCAUGGUGGGCCCGGCGCAGGUGGGUGUGCUCGCGGCGUGCGUGGUUCUGUUCGUGCCGAUGGGGAUGGCCGGAUGGCACCUGAGCCGGAACAAGAUGCUCUUCUUCAGCGGCGCCCUCUUCAUCACCCUCGCCGUCGGCGUCCAUCUAACCCCCUAUUUCCCCUCUCUCUCCCAACUCCUCCUCUCCUCCCUCUCCUCCUCCCCCCCUCAUCAUCCCCUCCAUCUACCCCGUCCCUCCACCUGCCUCCCCUUUCUCCACCGCCUCUCCUGGCUCCCCUCCUCUCCCACCGCCUCCUCCCCCGCCCUCUGGCAGUGGGCCCCAUCCGCACCCACCCUCUCCUGCGGCUUCCAGCGCCUCUCCCGCCUCGACGCGUCCGACCUCCUCAACGGCUCCUGGAUCCUCGUCGCCGGCGAUUCCCAGGCCCGCCUCUUCGUCCUUGCCCUCCUCCGCCUUCUCCUCGACCCCGCCGCCAUGGACCCCGUCGAGGCCGACCUCUUCCGCCGCCACAGCGACUACCAUAUCGCCGUCGCCGACCAUGGCAUCAAGCUCGACUUCGUCUGGGCUCCUUUCGAGCCCAACCUCACCGCCAUCUUCCGCGAUCUCCGCACAGGGCCCCGCUACCCCGACGUCCUCGUCCUCGGCUCCGGUCUCUGGCACAUGCUCCACGUCACCAACUCGUCGGAGUAUGGCGAAUCCCUGGUCGCCGUUAAGAAGGCGGCGGCGUCUCUGGUUUCGCCUGUCUCGCCGGAGUUCGGGCUCGAUGGCAUCUUGGCGUCCUCGGUCCAGCCGCCCCACAUGUUCUGGCUGGGCCUGCCGACGCUGGUGACCUCGAUGCUCAACACCGAGGAGAAGAGGGAGAGGAUGAACCGGACGGUAUGGGAGGCGUACGAUCGGGGGGUGGGCGAAAGCAAGAUCUUGAAAAGAUCAGGUGGGCCGUUUCUGUUGCUCAACAUUGGAUUGUUGAGUCGGGGCUGCGGCCGCCGGUGCACGGCCGAUGGAAUGCAUUAUGAUGGGGUCGUCUACGAGGCAGCCCUCCACAUUAUGCUAAAUGCUUUGCUGAUCGAGUCUCAGCAGCGUAUUUGAAGGCGAUGAUUGAUUGAUUCGAGGGUUCUCUUCAUUUGAUCUUGGUGUUGGAAGAUGGAAGAGGUUUGCCUUUUAACUACUAUAUGUUCAAUUCUUGUGAGGCAUUGAAAAUAUUGUUUUUCUCUCCCCCAGUGUUUUUACCCUUCUCAAGCAGAGCUCUGAUUGUGUUGCCAUAAAAUUGGAGCCAUACUGAUAGAGAUUAGACCUUUUCUCUUGUCUUGUCAGCAUGAUAAGGUGUAUCCUGUAUUUUUUUAAAAUAAUGGUUGUUAAAAACUGAUACGAAGUAGAAACUAUAGAUUUUGAUUGUGUCUAAUUAUGAGAGACGAGAUGUUGAGGAUUCUGAUGCAAGUGCUAUAACUGUCAGCAAAACCUUUACAAACCUCAAGUGGCUAUUGUUUCUG